CGAUGUAAGAUCUGGCAGACUUCAGCAACAUCUAAGCUUUGGAAAGUGGCUGAAGUCUGUUUGGACGCAAUCACAAUUGCUGGCAAAACGGCUGACUUGAUUGGUGAAAAGACCAAUUAGUGGGAACAAGAUCAGAAUUUGGCAGCUACAGACGACUGAACAUGUAUGAAAUGUAAUAUGCGUUCAUCAAUUGUCUGUUUUUUUGUAAGUUGUUGAACUGAAUUUGGUCUCUUUCUUUUGUCGUCCAAUUCUCCCUCUGUUGUUCACCAUACGGCAACAGAUGACUGCACCUAAUCGCAUUUGGGAAAUUGAACCAAUGGAAAUGAAGUUCAUUGGCUGACAGCUGUACAUAAUUAGCCAGCCAGGGUAGAAGGGUCUGGGAUUCCUUUAUGAGGUGCAACCAAAACAGCUGUUAGAAAUAGCAUCCGGGAUAUUCUGGCAGGCUGUCGAGAAUUAGUUCUUGAAUACUGUUGUGGUUUUGAUCACUAAAAUGGCUGUGACUUUUGGACUCUCUUUGAGGUAACGCUCAUGGGCAUCCUGCCUACACUGGACCUGAACCAACUGGAUCCUAUGCCCAAGCAAGUGUGGUGUCUGGUCCAAAUGCUAAAGCUACUGGCCAAAAUGCCACGUCAGCAGAAGCUACUGGCCACAAUGCCACGUCAGCAGAAGCUACUGGCCACAAUGCCAUGUCAAGUGUAAAGUCCGGCCCCGGCGCCUCAGCAGAAGCAACAGGCCCCGGCGCCUCAGCAGAAGCAACAGGCCCCGGCGCCUCAGCAGAAGCGUCCGGCCCCGGCGCCUCAGCAGUAGCGACAGGCCCCGGCGCCUCAGCAGAAGCGACAGGCCCCGGCGCCUCAGCAGAAGCGACAGGCCCCGGCGCCUCAGCAGAAGCGACAGGCCCCCGCGCCUCGUCAGCAGAAGCUACUGGCCACAAUGUCACGUCAGCAGAAGCUACUGGCCACAAUGCCACGUCAGCAGAAGCUACUGGCCACAAUGCCAUGUCAAGUGUAAAGUCCGGCCCCGGCGCCUCAGUAGAAGCAACAGGCCCCGGCGCCUCAGCGGUAGCGUCCGGCCCCGGCGCCUCAGCGGAAGCAACAGGCCCCGGCGCCUCAGCGGAAGCAACAGGCCCCGGCGCCUCAGCAGAAGCAACAGGCCCCGGCGCCUCAGCAGAAGCAACAGGCCCCGGCGCCUCAGCAGAAGCAACAGGCCCCGGCGCCUCAGCAGAAGCAACAGGCCCCGGCGCCUCAGCAGAAGCGGCAGGCCCCGGCGCCUCAGCAGAAGCGACAAGCCUUGAACAGACGGCCCGACCACUCAACUAGGGAGAUCAUAAUUUGGUUUGGCCAACUCUUUAAUCGUCUUAUCCCUGUUACCUUUACCCUUUUCUGCAAGAGGCACAGUAACUGAGGUGGGGAAAUGUGUGAACUAAUGCGCUUGUUUGAAAUGAGGAUCUCCUUCACUUGUACAUCGUCAUGCAAAUUGUAUACAGAGGUGGAUGAUACAAUGUUAUGAAUCGUUUUUAUAAACCUACGACUAAAUUGACUUCUGAUGUAGCGAUAUUGCAGACACACUUUUAGGUUCUACGGUUAUGCUUUUGAUUUAGCCUGGUGUUCCUGCUACUCUUGCAUGAUUUGCUCAAUAAACCAUUUGACUUUCAAAAAACCUUGUCCUUAAAAUAUAAUCUCUUCUGCCUACCAUGUGCUUGCUGUUUGGUAACAGACUGUGGGCCUGGAGUAAAAGGGAAUUUGCGUUUUUGUUAUACACUUGUCUAAACAGAUUUGUUUCUGGUAGUUCAAAUUCUAAAGUUUUCUAACUUGUCAGAGCUCCCUCAUAUGUUCAUACACUACCUGUCCCUUAGUGUAGGCUGUUUGCUUUACAGUAAUCUGCCUUUUUCCACCAAUGCCUAAAGAAUGUGAAUGCAGUGUAACUCAUCGUCCCAUUACCUGUCACUAACCUGUCCCAGGGACGCUGAAGUUUCUCCUUGACCUUAUUCAGAAACAUUAAAUCAACUUGAUACAUUC